CCAUAUGUAAGAAUGUGCUUAUUGCGCACUCUUUUUGAUUUGACUUUCUUAAAUGUAAAUAAUUAAUUAUGUGUCAAAGUUGUCUUUUGCCAAAAAUCACUACUUUCUAACUAAAAAAAAACAACUAAAUCCUAUUUUCAUUUGAUUUGGAACUCUCAUUUUUAGUUUAUUUACAGCAAGAUAGUGGUGUGAAUUUUAUAGUUUACCAUUUCUCUCAAAGUUCAAUUGGAAUUAAUAUUUGUUAGGUUAAAAAGUCAUGAAUUUAAAUCCUGGAAUUAAAAAACAAAAUUUCAUAGCUUAUGUGAUCAAUUUUUUACAAGAAGACUUACUGAACAGCAACAUGAAUAGUGAAAAAAAAGAAUCAGUUGAAGUUGCAAUACAGUGCCUUGAAACGGCAUACGAAAUUGACAUGGAUAUCAAAACAAAAACAGAAAUAGACAAAGUAGACCUGCUUUCACUCUUUCCUCCAACUAAUAAGGGUGAACUCACGGAAGAACAAAUUGAUAAAGCUGAAGGAUUUAAGAAUGAUGGAAAUUCACACAUGAAGAAUUCUGAGUAUGAACAGGCGAUAGUAGAAUAUACAAAAGCAAUCAGAAUGAAUCCAUAUAAUCCUGUAUACUAUUGUAAUAGAGCGGCUGCAUACAGUCGAUUAGAAAAACAUUUAGAUGCCAUAAGUGAUUGUAAAAAAGCUAUAGAAUUAGAUCCAUGCUAUGGAAAAGCUUAUGGACGUCUAGGAAUCGCAUACUCCAAUCUCAAUAAUUAUGAAGAUGCAUGUAAAUCAUAUGCACAAGCAUUAAAAUAUGAUCCAAAUAAUCCAAUGUACGAAACAAAUUUGAAAUUAGCACAAGAAAAGAUGUUUGCCUCCAUGGGUAUACUAUUAUUAUUGUCAAUUGAUAAUUUAUACAAAAAGUUUUCUGUUGCAGAAAGUGCUGCUCCACCUGAACAUCGACCUUUAGAUAUUUCUCAAUUUAUUAAUAACCCUAACCUGAUUAAUAUGGCCACACAAAUGCUCAGUGAUACUAAUUUUAGAAGUUUGAUGUCCCGGUUUAUGACAACAAAUCAGAGCGGAGAUUCGAAUUUAGAUGCACUAAUUCAAGCUGGUCAGACAUUAGCUAACAGAAUGCAAUCAGCAGAUCCUGACUUCGUUGAAAAUUUGAGACGUUCUUUGGAUCCUCAAAAUUUCGGUGCUGCAAGCCAAUCAGAUGAUGUUAAUAACGACCAUGCAAGCAAUUCUGAGAAGAAAUCAGAAUGAUAAGAGUUUUUUUAAUCUUUAUAGUAAUUUAUACUUUUUGUUCAUUAUAUUGUGUGUUAAAGAUUGA